AACAACUUAACCUUCUAACCACGUUUGAGGUAAUACAUCCUCUAGAAGAAAACCAUCUGAAAUACCUUAAAGUAUUUUACACUAAAUAUUUCUAAAUAAUGUCACAUAAUCAUGUACUAAAAAUGCGUGCUUGUUGUGAAGAUCUCCCGCAUAUAGUGUAUUUAAACAUGAAUAUUCUUAACUCUGUAUAUUUACAUUGAUAUCUUCUGCUAUUUUGCAGGCACUUUAUGUAGCCGUGUCUGAUAAAACUCUGCUGUUGCUCUAGUAGUAAAGUUUAAAUGGGAGCCAAGCUGUAUUUAGCAGUUGUAAAUCCAUGUGAAGCAGUUGCAGAGCUGUUACAUGCAGUUGCAGAGCUGUUACAUGCUGUUGCAGAGCUGUAUUAAGCUGUUACAAAGUUGUUACAGUUGCAGAGUUAUUUCAUGCAGUUGCAGAGCUUUGUCAUGCAGUUGCAGAGUUGAAUUUAGCUGUUACAAAGUUGUUACAGUUGCAGAGCUUUGUCAUGCAGUUGCAGAGCUGUAUUUAGCUGUUACAAAGUUGUUACAGUUGCAGAGCUUUCUCAUGCAGUUGCUGAGCUGAGUUUAGUUCUUACAAGGAUGUUUCAUGCAAUUUGCAAACAAAUCUUUGGAUACCGACAUAUGGCUUCAUAAGCAGCCAGAUUGUGGAUUUGUUAACUUUUCCCAGCUAUGCUAUUUUCAUCGUCUUCUACUUAUAAAGAUUUAGGUGAAGUGUCAAUCAGCAAAAGAUAUUCUACAUUUCAUUUUGGUUUCAAUAAAUUUUCAUUGAAGAUAGCAUCAGCAACCUUACAAUAAACAACACAAGUCACAGGUCGUUGUCAGUUAGUCUUCCGCUCAAAAUUUUAUCGUUGGUCCUCUGGGCUAUCAAACAGUCCUAAUUAUACGCUGUUUUGGUUGUGACCAAUGAAGAAUGGAUUGGUUUAUGUCGGAGGAAAAUUUGUUUUGCAGUUUAUCCACAUUUAUUGAGAAAAAAGAAAUUGUUCAAAAGUUGGCGAAUUGCUAUGGUAAUUGUACCUUUUAACACUGCGAAGCAAAAGACAAUUAUUUUUCAAAAUGAAUCGUUGUGGACGCAGUCGAAGCUGUGGAGAAUGUUGUUCCACAAAUGAAAACUUGACCAAGUUAACGGAAAUCAAUCGUCUAUGGAAACACGAAUAUGAUCUCUUGAAGACAAAAUACCUUAGAGAAAAAGGCGCUCUUCAAGAGGAGAACAAAGUUCUCCGAGCUGAAGUAACAACGUUAAAAACUAAACUCGAACGUUCAUCUAAAAAUGUCCACGAAGACACUUCACACGAUAACUUCUUAUCUCAUGAAAAUAAAAGACAGGAAUUGUGCAACAGAAAUCAUAAUGUAGAAGAACUGAUGAAAGAACAGCUAGCAGCGUAUCGUGAGGAUUUUAAACUAGAACAUGAAGACAAAGCAAAAAUCGAGAGCGAGAAAAACUCUUUACAGGAAAGACUUACGCAGUGUGAACAACGGUUCCAAGCGCUACACAAAGAGCUUGAUGUGUACAAACAGGAAUGCAAGCGGUUGCAAGAACUUCAUGGGAAAAGUAAGGAUAUCAAGAGAUAUCCGAGUAUAGAUAGGAGUAAAUCAUAUCCAGAGACAAGUUUAUUAUCAUACGAAGAUGAUCUUGUUGAUCCUAUGUCUACGAUAGCUUUACCACCAUCAAUGUGUAGCAAGCGUGAAGGGUAUUUGGCUUUUCGGGACUUUCGAACUGAGCAGUUGAAAAGGGGUAUUCUUGUACGAAAUCCAUCUCAUGGUAAAACACAAGCCUCUACAAAUUACUCCAACAUUUCCCCGAACAGAAGAAGUGACUCAUCUCCCCCACCUACGUUGACAACUUACCCCCCCGUAUUUUCCCCGACGUAUCGUCAACCAGACACCGAUAAGAGUUCUUGCACUUUGUGAUUGCCUGCAGUCAGGCAUUCGCUGAUCUUGUUAUACUCCGCCCGCAUUUGGUUGAAAUUAAAAUCGCUGAACAAAUUAGUUCGAGAUAAGUGGAAUCAUAAAAAUUGUGUUUACUGCAGUCAGGAACAGGAGUUAAAUUAUAUGAAAUCUGAAGAACGUCAUGUUGCCUAUAAUAUUGAGACCACAAGAUGGCAAAGUAUUGUUCGUUUGAACUAAGUAUUGCAAUGUACAAUAUAGUAUGUAUAUACAAUAUUUAAAUGUUGUAAAUACAGCACAAAUAAUUAUAUAAAAAUUAUGUAAAA